UCGGAGAGCGUGACUGCUGAGCCCCGACUACCUCCAGGAUGACAUGUACUAGAAGGGAACCUUUUGGCAUUCAGCUUCCUCGACCACUCUGCUGCUUGGUGAAGCCUUCAGAAGCCAGCCAGCUGCCUCCAAGUCCAGACUGUGGGCUCCUCUCCUAAAACUCUGUGAAAUCUGAGGCUCUUCAGAGCAACAAUCAGACAAAAGGACCUCACCAAGCAGAGAUGGCCCAAAGUUGGUGAAAACAGAUUUUUUUUUUAAAGAAGGGGGUCUACCUUGGCUUUGAGUGUUUGGCAUGGGUACAAUGUCUUAAAAAAGCAGAUGACUAGCUCAGCUACUGACCAUGUUGACCAUUCUCCAGAAUCAGACUGGACCACAGAAAAACAGCGAAUGGCUAUUUCUUACAGGCUUUUGGAACAAGACACAAUUCCGGAUUACCUUCUGCAGGGUUCUAAAAUGUCUGAUCGCUUACUCUCAUCUAAUGGGUCUGGACUGCCAACCGACUCAACACCAGGGGAGAAGAAACUGCGCUGGGCAGCUCUUCUGAUCUUCCUGGUGAUAAUCCCCACAAUUGGGGGCAACAUUCUCGUAAUCCUUGCUGUGUCCCUGGAGAAAAAGCUGCAGUAUGCUACCAACUACUUUCUGAUGUCCCUGGCAGUAGCCGAUCUGCUGGUUGGGCUGUUUGUGAUGCCGAUCGCCCUUCUUACUAUCAUGUUUGAGCCAGCGUGGCCGCUUCCACUCGUCCUCUGCCCUGCCUGGCUGUUUCUGGACGUGCUUUUUUCUACGGCAUCCAUCAUGCAUCUCUGUGCUAUUUCCGUGGACCGUUACAUAGCCAUCAAAAAGCCCAUCCAGGCCAGUCAAUACAACUCCCCAGCAACAGCCCUUAUCAAGAUAACAGUAGUCUGGCUCAUUUCAAUAGGCAUCGCCAUCCCGGUCCCAAUUAAAGGCAUAGAGGCUGGGGUGGGGGACCCCAACAACAUCACGUGCGCGCUAACAAAGGAACGCUUCAGUAGCUUCAUGCUCUUCGGCUCUCUGGCCUCCUUCUUCACGCCCCUCACUGUCAUGGUCGUCACCUACUUUCUCACGAUCCAAGCCCUGAGGAAGAAGGCCUAUUUGAUCAAAAACAAGCCACCACAGCGUUUCACGUGGUCCACUGUGUCCACGGUUUUCCAAAGGGAUGAAACACCUUGCUCAUCCCCUGAAAAGGUGGCCAUGCUGGAUUUUUCUCCCAAGAAUAAAACGGUGCCUAACGCAAGUGAUGAAAUGCUUAUCCGACGAAUGUCCAGCCUUGGAAAGAAGUCUGCUCAAACUAUCACCAGUGAACAGAGGGCCUCCAAGGUCCUGGGGAUUGUGUUUUUCCUCUUCUUGCUCAUGUGGUGUCCUUUCUUUAUUACAAACGUAACUCUAGCUUCAUGUGAUUCCUGUAGCCAAAGCACACUCCAGAAGCUUCUGGAGAUAUUUGUCUGGAUAGGCUAUGUUUCUUCAGGGGUGAAUCCUCUGGUCUACACACUCUUUAACAAGACCUUUCGGGACGCGUUUGGUCGCUACAUCACGUGCAACUGUCAAGGCACCAAGGCAGGGAAGCCCCUUCGGAAAUGCUCGAGUAAGAUGUCCUUUAGGAACUCCACAGCAGAGGACUCCAAGUUCUUUGUGAGACAAGGGGGGAGAAAUGGGAUUAACCCUGUCAUGUACCAGAACCCAAUGAGACUCUGUAGUUCUCCCACACAGUCCCCAUCCACCAUUCUCCUGGACAAACUACUUCUCACUGAAAAUGAAGUGGAUAAAACCGACGAGCAAGUCAGCUAUGUGUAGCAGAAGUCAUGUUACCUUCACCCCAAUAAUGCAACGAGUGGAACUGAGAGUAAGCACGUGGACUAUUCGGGGCCAUUACAAAACAUUACGGAUAAAAAGAACGGCAGAACAUAUGCUACUUCAUCUUCCUAAAGACGAAGACUAUCAGUAUUGUCUAGUUUUCCUCAAUUUGGCCAGACAAGUCCAUGAAAUGGCUAUUUUGCACAGAAAUAAAGAACAUCUAGCACUACACAGUAAUUAAGAUGCCAAAAGAUUCCAAUAAAGUUCAGUCAACU